UGCACGAUUUAAACACGUUCUUUACAAACUCACAAGAUUACUUACAAGAUGACCCACAAGAUGACUCACAGAAUGUAGUGCACGACAUAAACACUUUCUUUACUAACUCACAAGAUGACCCACAAGAUGACUCACAGGAG